AAGUGCGGAAAUACAUCCAGGGAAAAGUUCAGCGCGAACACGAGAAGUUGUGACGUGGGGAAACACACACACACACACACCCUGUAAAAACUCGAGCACGCGCUGCAAUUAGGAAAUACUGUCCCUUUUCAGAGGAGAGGUUUUGUUCGAAGCAAACACAAUGGAUACGAGUGGACCGUGCUUCAUCUGAGCCGGAUUCUUUUACUCAGUGAAACAUUGCAGUGUUUCAGUGUGCUCAUGGGUGACGAGAACGACUUCCGUCCUGUAACUCGCAGCAGAAGGCGCGCGACCAUCACCAGCGCCAAGGGCGAGUUCGUGAAACGUCCGAAUGGCGCGAGCUCAGCUGAUACCAACAGUCGCACGUGGACUAAACCCAAACACAAGGGACAGGACACACGCGCGCGCUUUUUACCUGAGGAGAAGCCAAAAGAUAGUCAUAAUGAUAACCUGAGUUGCCACAGGUUGCAAGAGUCGAUGCUGAGCUCUGCAAGCCAUUUCCGAAAUUACAGAGGCAUUCUGAACUGGUGUCUUGUCAUGCUGAUCUUGAGUAAUGCACGUCUGUUCUUGGAGAACCUUCUAAGGUAUGGUGUACUAGUGGACCCCAUUCAAGUGGUGUCACUGUUCCUGAAGGAUCCGUAUAGAUGGCCUGCCGCAUGCCUGGUCAUUGUUUCAAAUGUGUUCAUACUUGUGGCGCUGUACACAGAGAGGAAAUUAGCCACUGGAAACUUCGGGGAGCAGAUUGGCCUGAUUAUUCACAUCGUCAAUCUGUCAGUAAUCUUGUGCUUUCCAGUGGUCACUGUGCUCAUGCUGCCCUCUGUAACACCAGUUGGCGGCGCCUUUGCGCUGGCCGUCUACACUAUCCUGUUUCUGAAGCUCUACUCAUAUAAGGACGUGAACAGGUGGUGCAGGGAAAGGACGCACGCGAAGGCUCGCAGCCUGUCCAGAUCGCUGUCAUGUCCAUCAACACCAUCUACCAGCGGACAAGUGUAUGUGUCCUACCCUGGAAACCUCUCUCUGAAAGAUUUGUUUUAUUUUGUUUUUGCUCCCACGUUGUGCUACGAGCUGAACUUUCCUCGUUCUAAAUCUGUACGUAUGGGAUUCCUGCUCAGGAGGUUGUUCGAGAUGUUGCUGCUCACUCAGCUGUUAGUUGGCUUAACACAGCAGUGGAUGGUACCAGUCAUACAAAGUUCAAUGAAGCCAUUGCAGGAAAUGGAUUUCUCCAGAAUGAUUGAGCGCCUGCUCAGGCUAGCUGUCCCCAACCAUUUUCUCUGGUUGAUAUUCUUUUACUGUUUUUUCCACUCAUCCAUGAACUUUGUGGCUGAGCUUCUGAGGUUUGGAGAUCGAGAAUUUUACAGAGACUGGUGGAAUGCAGAAACUGUAACUUAUUUCUGGCAAAACUGGAACAUCCCUGUCCAUAAGUGGUGCCUUCGACAUUUUUACAAGCCCUUGCUGAGAAAGGGGGCCAGCAAGUUAGUGAGCCAAUCAGCAGUAUUCUUCGCCUCAGCCUUUUUUCAUGAGUAUCUGGUCAGCGUUCCUCUGAGGAUGUUCAGACUGUGGGCAUUCAUGGGCAUGAUGGCUCAGCUCCCAUUGGCAUGGUUUGUGGGCAGGUUUCUCAGGGGUAACUACGGAAAUGCUGCCGUGUGGCUUUCUCUCAUAAUUGGCCAGCCAAUAGCUGUUCUUAUGUAUGUCCAUGACUACUAUGUCGUCCACCACCUGGAGGAAGCAGCAGAACCAGCACCUCUCUAAGCUCCAGAUUGUGUACUGCUACCCAAACUGUCCCGCUGCCGUCCAACUCAUAUGUCCAAUAAUGUCUUCCUGAAAGAAAGAAAAAGGAAGGAUCUUCAUAGGCAGAAUUCACUGGUAUUAAUUUGAAACAUGUUAUAUGUUAUAAGUUAUAUGGUGCCUUACUGAGAUUAUUUUUUAAGAUACUGCUUGGAUGUAGCAGAUGUAAUUCACAAUUGUGUGGCAUUACAGGCUAGGAAUGGACAGGGAUGAUUUUUUUUAAAAAUGUAUUUGAUAUUGAAAUGUAAUGGAUCACAUCUACGGCAUCAUAGGCUUAAAAGGGAAAAAUGGGGGGGUUUAUUAAGUGUUUAAGGGUAAUUUGUCAUUUUACAUAAUUUUGCAAAAGAAUACAGAGCAUUUUGUGUAAAAGUGGCUAACAUUGAAAUUUUGCAUUAAAAGAACAUUUGUAGACUGUUAAUGUUUAAUUUAAUAUAAUGUUUGUUUCUCAGUGUGGUCUGAUCUACUCUGAGCUCAUGCUGGAGAAUUCAGGGACUUAAUCUUGUAAAAUCAGGGAGUGCCACCUACUGGUGUCUUGUAAAUCAUAAAGUGUAUGAAUGAAACUCUUAGGCCAUGUAAUUAUACCUUAGUGUGGAGACAUUCAUCAAACAUAAUUAUAUUCCAUAGAAUAGCGAAUACAGUGUAAUCUCAGACUGUGAUAUUUUCUGCAGAUUUAGUCCUUUUAGAGCCAUUUGUUUUCAAGAUGAUGAGGGUGCCAGGUCCCUCCAAUCAGUACAAGUUGGUGAUAAAUGGCUUUGGAGAUAAAUUGUAUAAUAGCUUGUAGUAGUACUGUAUAAACAUCCUAUCUCCAACACUGAGAUGCAGGCAUGAUUUCACACAGCGCUAUCUUAAAGGUUGAUUGCACGUUACAACACUAUGGCCUGUUUAAAACCCUGCCUGACACACGGUACUGGAAGAAUGAUUACAGUGUAGAGAAUCAAUGCCAUUGAUGCAGAGAUGCAGUUUAUCUAUUUUUACCAGUAGCUCUGUGCUCUAGUCUGCAUCAAGUUUGUUGUAAAUUCUUUAGUUUUGUAACUUUUGGAAUUGUCUGCCAUCUAUUGUGCAUGCAUGUUUACAAAAUGAAUUUUAUGAUUGAAUAAUGCUUGCUCAAUUUUAAAUAUGAACAUUGUUUACAUUGUUUCUACUUCCUUUGCAUUGAUUGUGUAGUGAAUAAAGUCAGGAUGGAGGUUGUGGGAUAA